AUGACUUGUGCUUCUACUUUGUUCACAGCCAUCGAUCAGCCGAUUGACAAUAUUGAGCGGAUCUUCAAAGAUUUGGAUCUCGACAGAAACGGCACUCUGGACAAGGACGAGUUGAUGACGUAUCUGCGAUCUCCGGCGUUCUCGUGUCGUCCGAUGACGUACUCGCUGCUCUCCUUCUUGGCCGAUGGUCAAUUGGGUUUAGAUCAGCUCAUAAGCAGUUCAUAUUCCAAUGUCGCCACACUCGGUGGGAAGAAGAACAAAAGUUUGCUCGCUGUACAGGAUGGAGACUCCAUCAAAACGGGAUUGCUGAUGAUCCAGGAUCGAAAGACGGGCUUGCUGAUGGAAGAGCACGUGCCUAAGUUUGUGAAGAUGGCCCUAAAUCUGAUGUACAGAGAUGGACUGGGAAAGAAGUUGGUGUACCGCAAGCGAGUCAACAACCUGCUCAAGUCCAUGUCGGAGAAGGAGGGCCGCAAAAUGGACCAUCCGCACUCCAAGAAGAAGAUCCACUCAUUCGUCGCACAACACAGCCUGGAUGUAGAUGAGCUGCUCCUUCCGCUGGACACAGAGUGCACAAAUUAUCCGAACUUCAACGAGUUUUUCUACCGCAAAUUAAAACCUGGGGCGCGGCCUCUUGCAUCAUCGGACGAUGACAGUGUCUUGGUGUCUCCCGCCGAUUGUCGAUUGAUGGCCUUCGAUACUAUUGAUAGGGCUACAAACCUGUGGGUCAAGGGCAGAAACUUCUCCGUGGCGACUGUGCUCACGGAGGCAUUCUCAGAUGUGUUUCCGAAGAAUAUGUCCACACUCUUAACUCAUACUGCUGCAGUGGAUGGCCCCCUAUACACAGUCAACCCCGUGGCCAUCAAAGAGAAGCUGGAUGUUUACCCGGCAAAUAAAAGAGAGAUCUGUGAAGUGCAUACAAAAGAUUUUGGACUGGUCAUGAUGGUCUGCGUGGGUGCUACCAUGGUGGGUUCAAUAAACAUCACAGCCGAGGACGGAUCAGAGGUAAAACGCGGCGACGAACAUGGAUAUUUCGCAUUUGGCGGCUCCACUGUAGUGAUAUUUUUUGAAAAGAACCGAGUUAAGUUUGAUAGCGAUCUUCUACUGGCCGCAAGCAGGCCGGUGGAAACUUUGGUCACAGUUGGCAUGAAGAUUGGCGUCGCUGUGUCUGAACAAGGAAAAAAUUAA